AUGCGAGGUGUGAGUUCCGGGUUACAUUUGAUGGGAAUGAGCCGACUGUUAUCACUACGUCAUCGAAGUUCAAUGACAUCUGUGGAGUAUUUUCGGAUUCAAGUGGUGAAUACGAAGAACCACAGCCAGUCGUGGUGUCUAGGAACACGCAAGAAGAUCGGAAAUCCAUUCGGGUCAACGUUCUGCUACGGUACCGAUCAGAUCGUUGUUGAA